AUGCCUCUCCUCCCGACCCUCCUCCACGCGACAGCCUUCAAGACGCCGCUCCUGCGGACACUCGUCCCGACGCUCGCGCUCGCGUACGGCAUCCAAGCGGCCGUCGCGGCGCCGUCCAUCGUCUGGCGCAGCGAGCGCUUCUACGACGCCAGCGGCAGCAUCACCUACCUCGCGUGCACGGGCGCGAGCCUGAUGCUGCCGGUGCUGCGGGCGAGGGCGGCGGCGGGCACGUUGGGGACGGCCGGGCUGUUGGCCGAGGUGGUGAGGAGCGCGAAUUGGAGGCAGCUUGCGCUGAGCGCGGCGGUGGGCGUGUGGGCUUUGAGACUCGGCUCCUUCCUCCUCCAACGCAUCACCGCCGAAAACGGCCGCGACUCGCGCUUCGACAGCAUCCGCACCUCGGCCCCCAAGUUCCUCGGCGCCUUCAUGGCGCAAGCCACGUGGGUCUCGCUCUGCGCCCUGCCCGUCAUCCUCGUCAACGCCGCGCCCGCCUCCGUCUUCGCCGCGCUCGGCCCGCUCGUCCUCGCCACCGACGCGCUCGGCCUCGCGCUGUACGCCUUCGGCAUCGCCUUCGAGGCGGCCGCCGACCGCCAGAAGAGCGGCUGGAUGCAUGCCAAGCAGCGCAAGGAGCACGACGAGGACUUCUUGACGAGCGGCCUGUGGGGGAAGAGCAGGCAUCCGAAUUACUUCGGCGAGAUCACGCUGUGGACGGGCGUCGCGACGGCGGCCGCCGGCGUGGUGGCGAGCAAGGCUGGGCUCGCCGGCUUGGGCUUGGGGGUCGGCCUGGCGGGCAAGGCGGGCGCGGUGGCCAUGUGUGCGGCUAGUCCGGCUUUUGUGGCGUUUCUGUUGCUGAAGAGAAAGGAGGUUGCUAAUGGAGAGGGUGGGGAAAAACAGGUUUCGGGCAUUCCGCUCAGUGAGAACAAGUACGACAAGAGGUAUGGAGACCGGAAGGAUUAUCAGGAGUGGAAGAGGAACACGCCUAUGCUCUUCCCCAAGUUCUUUGGUUGA